ACUGUUCCCGAUAAUCCCUGUCCCGGGCCGCCUGACAUCCGGCCUUCGGGCUGUGGACCUGGACCUCCCGGCCGGUGGCUGGGGUUUGAGGAGAGACGUCAGGACCCACCUGGCUGCAGGAUGAGGCUGGCCACCGGCUCCCUGAUUCUGUGGCUCAGCCUGGGGGGUGGCCUGGCACAGGACGACAGCAGCCCUGACGCAGACGAGUCCUAUUCAAACUGGGGCCUGCGGCACCUCCGGGGCAGCUUCGAGUCGGUCAACAGCUACUUCGAUUCCUUCCUGGAGCUGCUGGGAGGGAAGAACGGAGUCUGUCAGUACAGGUGCCGAUACGGAAAGGCACCAAUGCCCAGACCUGACUACAAGCCUCAGGGGCCCAACGGCUGCAACUCCUACUUCCUGGGUCUCAAGAUACCAGAAAGUAUGAGCUUGGGCAUUCCAGCAAUGACCAAGUGCUGCAACCAGCUGGAUGUCUGCUAUGACACUUGCGGUGCCAACAAGUAUCGCUGUGAUGCAAAAUUCCGAUGGUGCCUCCACUCUAUCUGCUCUGACCUUAAGCGAAGUCUGGGCUUUGUCUCCAACGUGGCAACAUGCGACUCGCUGGCCGAUACCGUGUUCAACACUGUCUGGACCUUGGGCUGCCGGCCCUUCAUGAACAGCCAGCGCGCAGCCUGCGUGUGCGCCGGGGAGGAGAAGGAAGAGCUGUGAGGAGGCGGCGGUUCCUUUUUGGUUUCCGGCGACAUCACGGCUGUCAGGCUCCGACAGGGUCGCGUGGCAGAUGUGUCUCAUCCUUUCUUCCGAGAGUUUGGAUACCACAAAGCAGGGGAAAGGACAUAGUCUACAGCUGAAAAGCGAGCCCCAUCCUUUGAGGAGAA